ACCCGCGGAGCGGAGCGGACUCCUGGGCCCGGACGCCGUUUCGCCCUCGCCGCCGUUGCCGCCCGCGGUCCCGCUGCCGGUCCCUCCUCCCUCCCGUCCCGUCCCGUCCCCUCAUGGCGGCGGAGCGCGCGGGCACCGGCCCCUCCCGCCGCCCGCUCCGGCCUCCCCCGCCCCCGUCUCCUCCUGCUCUUUCGCCGCUCCCGGCGGGGAUGUGAAGGGGCCGUGGCCGCAGAAACCUAAUUUUGAAAUGUUUAAGAAAUGAAUGCCUCUGGAUUUUGGAACAAAAUUGGGAGUUUAUGUGGAAGAAAUGCUGCGACUGUUCUCAAACUCUCUUACAGACUGAUUUCAACGUUUCGGUGUUGCAUCAUUUCAUGUUGAGUAACAGAAGUUCUGCUCCUCACUGAUCAAUGUGACAGUGUUUAGUAGUUUACGAAAUGAGCCAAACUCGUGGGAGAUAUGACUUCUGUAUUGGUCUGGUGUUGGCUAUGAGUUCCAGCAUUUUCAUUGGGGGAAGUUUCAUCCUGAAAAAGAAAGGUCUCCUCCGGUUAGCAAGGAAAGGCUCCAUGAGAGCAGGUCAAGGCGGUCAUGCAUACCUUAAGGAGUGGCUGUGGUGGGCUGGACUUCUUUCAAUGGGAGCUGGCGAAGUAGCUAACUUUGCUGCCUAUGCUUUUGCACCAGCUACGUUAGUGACUCCUUUAGGAGCUCUCAGUGUUCUUGUAAGUGCCAUUCUGUCAUCCUUCUUUUUAAACGAAAAACUUAAUUUACAUGGAAAAAUAGGGUGUUUGCUAAGUAUACUGGGAUCAACUGUGAUGGUAAUUCAUGCUCCACAAGAGGAGGAAGUAGAAACUUUGGAUGAAAUGUCCCACAAACUAGGUGAUCCAGGUUUUGUGGUCUUUGCAACGCUUGUUGUCAUUGUGUCUUUAAUUUUGAUAUGUGUGGUGGGACCUCGCCAUGGACAGACCAACAUUCUCGUGUACAUAACAAUUUGCUCUGUAAUUGGAGCCUUAUCAGUCUCCUGUGUAAAAGGUUUGGGCAUCGCUAUAAAGGAACUUUUUGCGGGAAAACCAGUGCUGAAACAUCCCUUGUCUUGGAUUCUGCUGCUAAGCCUUACUGUCUGUGUGAGCACGCAGAUCAACUAUUUAAACAGGGCUCUGGAUAUAUUCAACACUUCAAUAGUGACUCCAAUAUAUUAUGUAAUCUUUACAACAUCUGUUUUAACUUGUUCUGCCAUCCUUUUCAAGGAGUGGCAACACAUGGCGGCUGAUGACAUUAUUGGCACCUUCAGUGGCUUCCUGACUAUUAUUGUGGGGAUCUUUUUAUUGCAUGCCUUCAAAGAUGUUAAUUUCACCCUAGCAAAUCUGCCCCUCUCUUUGCGGAAGGAUGACAGAGCAGCAAACGGCACUUUGCUGAGCACAUACGACAGCUUUCAUGAUGAUGAAGAAAAUUCUGCCUGUCUAGGUGAAGUGCAGUCCACUGAGAGUCUCUCAGCCAGGAGAAAUGGAAGUCUGUCAGCCUUCUGAAAAUAGCUACAUGUUACUUAAGAAAAGAACAAUUCUGUAACUCUGGAAUUUUUUUUUUUUUUUCUGCUGUGAAAUGUCUGAUCUUGUCUGGAAAUUCCUGUACUUUUUAACAGUAUGUGUAGACAAUCGUUGAUUUUUGAGUUUGAUUAGUUUGGAUAAAGAACACUGAAACUGUUUUUAUUUGCCUUAUUUUUACUUUAAAAAAUACUAAAAUGACCUCAGACCACAACUGGUUUUGCUGUUUAAGUUAUGUGUAAAUACUUUCAUUUCAUUCGUUUUAAAGAUGUAUUGCACUAAUGACAAUUUUAUCAAAAAUAAAA